AUGGCAGGUGCGGUGCUGGAACCGCUGGGCCAAGGACAGAUCUUUGCGGUCGGUGACGCAGCAUCUGUGGCGGAAAAUGUUGCUUCGCCCUUUGCCCUUGGUGUUACCAAGAAGGAGGCCGAGGUUGGGCAGCCUUUGCUGGCCUGCACUUCUCUUGGGCCCCAGGAUGGCAUGUUUUCCACGCAGAGCGAGCUGGUGGCUACUGGAGCACUAGCAGCCAUCCAAAAGCAGGUGAUCGAGGCGACAAAGAUGGGCGCCUUGCAGGGGGAUCCUCUGAGCUCCUUGCUGUGGCUGCCCGUGCACUAG